AUGCAUCACCUCACAUUCUGGCUCUCCUUGAUUCUCCACAUUGCUAGUGGUGCUAUGGCACAGCGGUAUCAACUGAAUCAAUCGCACUGGAGACAGUGUGUGGAGGCCUUCGGUCCCGCCAGCCUUUCGCCAGGCACCUUGGCAUCCGGGGCGUAUUCGCGGUCUGCCAUAUCUCUCAACUUUGCCAACCUGGUGACCGCAGAGAAAGAUCCUAUCGUCAGCGUUGCUAUUUUCCGCAAGAUUGACGGACAGUUGGGCGGCAGAAUGCACUAUGUCUGUGAUAGCAAAGCAAUCGAAGCUGGCGCAUGCCGCCCAGAAAGCUACGGCGCCUUCAUCGGCCGUUUAGAAGACGCAAAGCACCCAAUCCUGACGGAGGCUGUACACAUCUCACAGUACCCUAGCACCAUCUAUUUUCCUCUCACGGGGUCUGGCUCAUACUGCGUCGAAGCAAUUGGCUUCACGGCGUCCACUUUUAGCGCUGUCAUGCGCUUGCAUUCCGCGUAUGGCCAUCUUCCCGCUAUACAAGUGGGAAAAUGGCAUUUCAUGGCCUUCUGCUUUCUGACCAGCUUGUGCCUGAGCGUUGCGGUCGCAAUCAACCAUUUUAAGGGUCGACCGUCGAUGGAAGUGCACCGAUCCAGACUGUUCGUCUUGGUAAUCUGCUUGGUUUGCCUCGACGCCGCGAUCGCCUGGGCGAACCUCACUUACAUCAACCGCCACGGUUACCAGUAUGCCUGUGAAACGAUUUGGACCCUGAAUAUCAUACUACGAGCGUGCCGGAAUGCAGCCGUUGUAUCCUUUGCUCUUCAGUCCUUGCGACCCCGACCCAGUCAAGACAGGUCGUCUCCGUGGGUGGCUUACGUCCUCGGCGUAGCUGCAUUCGCCUUUACCGUAGGCCGCGAGAGAGAGAUGCUACGCGAUCGGAACGAGUCUCACGACGCGCUGCAACUUUUGUGGACUCUCGGAAGCGGGGUCGUCCUUGUGAUCUCCCAUAUCGAGUGCCUCCGGAGGACGAUGAGUCUGCGCCGGCAGCCAUUCAGAGAAGGGAAGGGUACCCGAUCUCGUGCAGCGCACUGCACAUCGUUGGCGAUGGCGAUUUUCACAUUUUGCUUCCUGAUACUCGAUGCCGUACUUCUACAUUUGUGGAGCAGAGCCGACGAGUACGGACACAACUUACUAACCCGACUUUGGUGGGCGCGAUGGUUUCUGGUCGACGAGUGGCAAACCAUCUCUUGCUUGGGUUUGGUAGUUGUUCCUGCUUUGGGCGCUUAG